UCUCUUUAUUUUUUUUGAUUUAUUUCCCUCCUCACACCUUCUUCAAACAUUUGACUCAGAACCCUAACGGCUCGCCAUGAUAAAUCUCUGUUGAGUCUUUCUCUCUAUCUCUCUCUCUGACGCUCCACUCUCCAGUCUCCACUACUCCAUCUUUCCCUUUUUAAGGUCCCUUUCUUACUUCAUUCCCAUCUUCGCUUCUAGCCGUUGGAGAGUCUGUGUAGUCCUCUGAAAUUUAUCUCAGAAUGCCUAGCAUUUCAGUAGCUACAGAGGAUUCCCAGAUGCCAUUGGGAAAUCCAGUUGUUGCUCAAUUUCGUUAUUCGAAAGAAAGAGAUUCGUCAAUAUUAGCAGAUGUCAAGAACAGUGACGUACGACCUUCUUCUCCUUCGUCUUUUGCUACCACUGUUACUUCAUCAACUACAUCUUUGUGUUUAUCCUUGAAGAGAAAACGACCACCCAAUAUUGAAAUUCCUCAGGUCUUGCGGGAAAUACAGACAGACGAGGUCUUAUUCAAGGAUAAGACGAUCGGAGACCAACCUCUGGGAUUUGAUGGGGGCGAAGUUGGGGUUUCCUCCAUGAAAGGGAAGAAAAAGGUGAUGGAAGACACCCACAAGAUUGUUUCUGCCUUACAUGGGGACUCUAGGAAGGGUUUUUUCGGGGUUUACGAUGGUCACGGAGGUACAAAGGCAGCAGAAUUUGCUGCGGAGAAUUUACACAGAAAUAUACUCGAAAUGCUGGAUAAGUGUAGUGGGUGUAUGCACAAGGAAGACGCAAUCAAAGCUGCAUAUCUCAAGACGGACAAAGACUUCUUGAAACAGGGUUUAGGCAGCGGCACCUGCUGUGUGACUGCGCUGAUUGAAGGGGACGAUAUUUUUAUUUCAAACCUGGGAGAUUGUAGGGCAGUCCUUUGUAGAGAUGGCAUGGCUGAAGUCCUCACUAAAGACCACAGAGCUGGACAGGAGGAUGAGCGGAACAGAAUCGAAGACAAGGGAGGAUAUGUAGAGAUCCACAGAGGAGCUUGGAGAGUCCACGGGAUACUUUCUGUUUCUAGAAGCAUUGGAGAUGUUCAUUUGAAGGACUGGGUAAUAGCCGAGCCUGUCACAAAGACCCUGCAUUUGACUCCAGAUAUGGAGUUUCUUGUCCUGGCCACAGAUGGACUGUGGGAAAAGGUGAGUGGUCAGGAAGCUGUUGACACUAUAACACGCAGCUGUUUGGCUGCAAACAAGCAGAGACCAACUGAUAACCUUUGGAAAGAAGAUGAUGAGUUUGGUUGUGAGAAUUUAAGUCCUCCAUCCAAAGCUCGUAGGAUUUCGCUGGUCAAGCAACAGAAAGUGAAGAUUCAAUCUCAAAGUAAAGAAAGUGGCAGAUAUAAGAAAAAUAAUCUUAGGAAAGAUGAAAAUGUGCCUAAUGGUGAGAACCUGAGUCCAUCAUCAAAGUUACAAAGAAUUUCAUUGAUCAAACAACAUAAAGUGAAGAUUCAUCUGCAAAAUCAAGAAAACAACAACCAUCAGCAGAGAAAUUCCAGUGGGCUCAAGGCAGCUUGUAAGGAGCUUGUGAACCUUGCUGUGAGCAGAGGAAGUUUGGAUGAUGUCACUGUGAUGAUCAUCAAUCUGAUGAAAUUCCAAUGCAUUCAUGCUUGCUUUUCAUCUGGAGAGAAGUCGACUGAUGAUCCGGCCGCCGUGAGCAGGUCAGGCCAGAGUGUGUUCGUGUCCGUCUACAGAACAAAGAUUGCCGGUCAGUGCUGUCUUAUCACCAUCACAUGGUGUAAGAAUCUACUGCUCCAUGGCCUCUCCGUCUCGGUGGAAGGGCCGGAGGGUGAGAGCCACUACAAUUGCAAGGUCGAGAUGAAGCCAUGGUACUUCUGGAGGAAACAUGGUACCAAGCGCUUCAUUGUGGAAGGCAAGGCUGUCGACGUCUUCUGGGAUCUAAAGAUUGCCAAAUUCGACGGAAAAACAGAGCCGCAGUCGGAUUACUAUGUCGCCGUCGUCUGUGAAGAAGAAGUCGUGUUGUUGCUUGGUGACCUAAAGAAGGAUGCUUACAGAAAGACAAGGUCCCGGCCAGCGCUGAUAGAACCCAUUUUGGUUUCAAGGAAAGAACAUAUAUUUGCCAAGAAGAAAUUCUCUACAAGGGUCAAGUUCCAUGAGAAAGGCAGGUUUCAUGAGAUUUCCAUAGAAUGCAAUAACUUGAACCAGCAUAGUUCUAAUGGUGGGCUUGAUCCAGAAAUGGAGAUAAAGAUAGAUGGGCACUUGGCCAUUCAUGUGAAGCACCUCCAAUGGAAAUUCAGAGGUAAUGAAUCUAUAUCCAUGAGUAAAUUUAGAGUGGAAGUGUAUUGGGAUGUCCAUGACUGGCUGUUUAGUCCUGGUCUACGCCAUGCACUGUUCAUAUUCAGGCCGAUAUUAAUAUCCACAUCCUCAUCAUCAACAUCGAUAUCAUCAUCGCCGCCGACGACGACGGCGUCAUUGACAUCAACUCCAUUGUCAUCAUUUCUGAUGGCGAGUUCAAGCUCGUUAGAGGGAGAUAAUCCAAGUGGGUCAUUUGGGUUUUGCUUAUUUCUCUAUGCUUGGAAGGUGGAAUGAGUGAAUUUACUAUGACAGGUGAGAUUAUCUUUUCCCUACCAUCAUUAUCUUGUACAUCACCUCCUUCAGAAAAGAAAACUGAGUUGAAGAGGCAACUGGGCUUGGCUAGUGGGUUCUCUCGGAUUCUGCUUCAAGAGAGAGAAAGGGAGGUGGGGAUGGGGUUAAGGUGGCCAUCACAUGGGGUGGUGGACUGGUGGGGGCCACCAUGGAGGGGGUUGGAAGUUAGUUACAGCUGGUUGUGAUUCGAUGGAGAUGAGAGUGAUGAGUAUCCAGGUCAGAUUGGAUUUACUUCGAUGCCAAUAAUUCCCAAUCUAUAGCGAGAAGCUUGAAAGUUUCACGACUCUUUCCGUCCGCAAUCUAUAGCAAUAUUCUCUCUUCUACCGUUCCACGACCCUCUUCGCCAAUCGCCAUUGUAUUGUUUCUUUUUUUCUCUCUCUACACUAUUAUAUUAUAAGCGAGAAGCUUGAAAGUC